UGGUUGCCCUGACAACAGUGAUGUCAUGGCCCUGCCUGUUCCUCAGAUGAAACAUAAAAAAAACAGAAGAAAUCAGCUGUUCACAGAGCUGAAUGCCUCCAAUAUGGCUUCCAGAAGAAGAGGAAUCAAAGGGAGCCACCAUGACGUCAGAGGACCUCAAAAAGAUCCUGGAUGAUCUGGAUGACAAGGAGCUGUCUGAUUUCCAGUGGUUCCUGCAGCAGCCCAACAAUGUUCAAGGCCUCCCAGCCAUCACAAAAAGCCGACUACAGACACCAAACAGGUCUAAAACUGUGACUGUGAUGGUGGAGACUUACAGACUUCAGAGAGCUGUGCAGAUGACCAGAGUGGUUUUAGAGAAGAUCCACAGGAAUGAUCUGCUGCAGAGGUUUCCUGCCAGCAGCUCAGGACCAGAAGUGCAUGUCAGUGAUGUUGGAGAACCUUCAGAGAACAGAGAACCUUCCUCCUCUCAGACUCAGCCUCCUCUUCCUCAGACUGAAGAUCAGACUGUUCCGGUACCAGAACCAUGUCCCAUCACAUAUUACCAACAGAAGCUUCAGUCAAACUUCCAGGACACAUUUAAGGUUACAACAGAGGGGUGGGCAGCAGAUAAGCAACGUCUGGUUGAUAUCUACACAGAGCUGUACAUCACAGCUGGCCGGGACGUGCACGUCAACACACAGCAUGAGGUCCUACAGAUUGACAAGGUGUGGAAGAGAUCAGACACAGAGUCACAGAUCCAACCCAGAGACAUUUUCAAGCAUCCUUCUGGAAAAGACAUACCCAUCAGAAGAGUGCUGACCAAUGGGAUUGCAGGGAUUGGAAAAACAUUCCUCGUGCGCAAGUUUGUGUUGGACUGGGCCGAAGAAAGGACCAAUCAAGACGUGCAUCUUAUUUUCCCAUUCACUUUCCGUGUUCUGAAUUCACUGCAGGGAAAAAAGUUUGGUUUGGCAGAGCUCAUUCAUUUCUGUAUCCCAGAAACUAAAGACGUCACAGUGAAGGCUCUAAAUUACAUAUUUACAGCUCUGCAGUCAUCAGGAAACAGCAGCUACAAGAAGAGCAGAUUCAAACUGCUGUUUGUGUUUGAUGGACUGGACGAGAAUCGCCUUCGUCUGGACUUUCAGGUCGACCACAUUCCCUCCAUGGACAUAACAAAGUCAACUAAAAUAGAAGUCCUGCUGAGGGAACUUAUCAGAGGAAAACUGUUGCGCUCAGCUCGCCUCUGGAUAACCACACGACCUGCAGCAGCCAGUCAGAUCCCUCCUGACUGUGUGGACAUGGUGACGGAGGUCAGAGGGUUCAAUGACCCACAGAAGGAGGAGUACUUCAGGAAGAGAUCCAGAGAUGAGGAGCAGGCCAGCAGCAUCAUCUCCCACAUGAAGAAGUCACGAAGCCUCCACAUCAUGUGCCACAUCCCAGUGUUCUGCUGGAUCACUGCUACAGUUCUGGAGGAGCUGCUAGAAACCAGAGAGGGAGGAGAUCUGCCCAGAACCCUGACUGAGAUGUACGCAGAGUUUCUAAGAUUUCAGAUUGAUCACACAAAACAAAAGUACGGUCUAAAGAAGUGCAAAAAAUACAUUGAGUCAUUAGCUAAACUGGCUUUUGAACAGCUGCAGAAGGGAAACCUGAUCUUCUAUGAGAAAGAUCUGAGAGAAAGUGGCAUCGAUGUGAGGGAAGCCUCAGUGUACUCAGGAGUGUUCACACAGAUCUUCAAAGAAGAACGAAGACGGAAACAGGAAGACAAGGUGUUCUGCUUCGUCCAUCUGAGCGUUCAGGAGUUUCUGGCUGCUCUUCAUGUCCAUCAGACCUUCAUCGACUCUGGAAUCAACCUGCUGGAAAAAGAACAAACAACAAACUCUCAGGUGGAGAAAGACACACUCAGGUACAGACAGAUGGGCGAUGACUUCCGGUGGACUGAAAUGUUCAGUGAGGAACCUGAUUCAACAGUUUUCUACCAGAGAGUUAGACAGAUGGGCGAUGACUUCCGGUGGACUGAAAUGUUCAGUGAGGAACCUGAUCCAACAGUUUUCUACCAGAGAGCUGUGGACAAGGCCUUACAGAGUCCAAACGGACACCUGGACUUGUUCCUGCGCUUCCUCCUGGGUCUGUCGCUGCCGACCAAUCAGAAUCUCCUACGAGGCCUGCUGACACAGACAGGAAGUAGUUCACAGACCAAUCAGAAAACAGUGGAGUACAUCAAGGAGAAGAUCACUGAGAAUGUGUCUGCAGAGAGAAGCAUCAAUCUGUUCCACUGUCUGAAUGAACUGAAGGAUGUUUCUCUGGUGGAGGAGAUCCAACAGUCCCUGAGAUCAGGACGUCUGUCCACAGAAGAACUGUCUCCUGCUCAGUGGUCAGCUCUGGUCUUCAUCUUACUGUCAUCAGAAGAAGAUCUGGACGUGUUUGACCUGAAGAAAUACUCUGCUUCAGAGGAGGCUCUUCUGAGGCUGCUGCCAGUGGUCAAAGCCUCCAAGAAAGUUGUACUGAGUGGCUGUAAUCUGUCAGAGAGAAGCUGUGGAGCUCUGUCCUCAGUCCUCAGCUCCCAGUCCUCCAGUGUGACAGAGCUGGACCUGAGUCACAACAACCUGCAGGAUUCAGGAGUGGAGAGUCUUUCUGCUGGACUGGAGAGUCCACACUGUAAACUGGAAGCUCUCAGACUUAAUAACUGUAAUCUGUCAGAGAGAAGCUGUGGAGCUCUGUCCUCAGUCCUCAGCUCCCAGUCCUCCAGUGUGACAGAGCUGGACCUGAGUAACAACAACCUGCAGGAUUCAGGAGUGGAGAGUCUUUAUGCUGGACUGGAGAGUCCACACUGUAAACUGGAAGCUCUCAGGCUGUCAGGCUGUCUGGUCACAGAGGAAGGCUGUGCUUCUCUGUCCUCAGCUCUGAGCUUGAAGACCUCAAAUCUGAGAGAGCUGGACCUGAGCUACAACCAUCCAGGAGACUCGGGAGAGAAGCUGCUGAGGGCUAAAGUUGAGGAUCCACUGAAAACUCUCAUGGUGACGCCUGCUGGAGUCCGAUGGUUGACACCAGGUCUGAGGAAGUAUUCCUGUCAACUGACAGUCGACACAAACACAGUAAACGAUAGACUCAAAUUGUCUGACAACAACAGGAAGGUGACAAAUGUGAAGGAGGAUCAGUCGUAUCCUGAUCAUCCAGACAGGUUUGACUGGUUUCUUCAGCUGCUGUGUGAAACUGGUCUGACUGGUCGCUGUUACUGGGAGGUGGAGUGGAGAGGAAGGGUUGAUAUAUCAGUAAGUUACAGAGGAAUAAGAAGGAAAGGAAACUGUUGUGACUGUGUGUUUGGACAAAAUGAUCAGUCCUGGAGUCUGUUAUGCUCUGAUUUUGAUGGUUACUCUGUCCUUCACAAUAACAGUAAAACACCCAUCAGGUCCUCCUCAGACUCUCACAGAGUUUCAGUUUAUGUGGACGUUCCUGCUGGAACUCUGUCCUUCUACAGAGUCUCCUCUGACUCUCUGAUCCACCUCCACACCUUCAGCACCACAUUCACUGAAACUCUGUAUCCUGGAUUUAGGUUCUAUCCUGGUUCCUCCUCCUCACUGUUUGUGUGCUGAGUUGAGUCUCCAGAGUCUCCUCCUGGUAGAGAAACAGUGUUGAACAGAUAGUUGAGUCUCUCCAUGACUCUGUCCCUCACAAACAUGUUUUCACAUUCAUGGAUUAAAUGUGUUUCUUUGUCAAAUCCUUCUAAAUGAUUCCUUGUAAACUUGUUCCUCUUCAAAGAUGGAAGUUGUGAUUCUUCCAGGAGCCAAAUGUGGUGUUUGCGUCUUUUUCCAGUCAAAUGUUGAGAGUGAAAAUCAGGAUGUGGUGUUCCUCUGACGCUCACUUGAACUAAAAGCAUUUGAGCUGCACAAAGUGUGAAAUGAGAGAGGAAGCAGUGAAUCUCCAAACUGCUGACAGACUUUCACACAUUAUUGUCCAGUGAAAAUCAGCUUUUUGUGCAGCCACACUUGAUCCUGAUGUGAGUCUUUAAGUCCUGUUCUAGUGAUGAAAUGAGAACUUCCUUCAUCUGUAUCACUCUUUUCAAAGUAUUCUGUGCUCUUCUGUCAUUUAUGUCUUAUUGAUAGAUCCAUUUUUCAUUUUUACAAUAAAUAAGUGCUUCAGUGUUUUUUCAUGAGUUUUUUUUUUUUUUAUCAGAUUCUGAAUUUCUGGUUUCAUCAACAAAUUCUACCAGAUUUUAUUUUUCCAUCAAAGCUCCCAUAACCCUAGCUAUCUCUGGAUCAAAAUGUUUUCAGCAUCGACAUGAUUCCAGUAGAAUUUAAACCCACCAGGACUAUCCAGAUUACAUUGAACUCUGUAAAUUCAACAUUUUUUAGCCUAUUUCAUUCUCUGAAUGUUGUGUUUGGCCGUUAAAGGAGGUUUUCCUCACAUUGUGGUGUAUUUGAACCCUUCCAUGGUCUAAAUUCUUUGAACAGAUCUUGUGCUGUAAUCAAUGUCUAACUUAGUUUUUAUUUUCAUUGCAGUGGUUGAUUUUUCCUGAACAAGAUCAAUGAUUUUAAUACGUCUUUCUCCAGUUUUAUUUGCUCUACCUGUGGCUUUUAAACUGUUCUAAGUUUCUUUUUAUUCAAUAAAUGACUAAUAACACA